GUACAAGCACGACAGCUCAGAAACUUUAGAGGACAACAUUGAAUUCACUUCAACAGAUGGCACCAACUCGGUCAGUUUUCUCCUGCAAGUGAAGGUGAUGCCUAUCAAUGAUGAAGUCCCAGUGUUGGUUGCUGGUUUGAAACCUGUUCUCAGCUGUGCAGAGGGACAGGAAGUGGUCAUCACAGCUGAGUAUAUCUACGCUGCUGAUGCAGACAGUGACAACAGCGGCCUGGCCUUCCUGAUCGCUCGACAGCCGUACCAUGGUGUGGUUCUCCGGAGCUCUGUAGUGGUGGACCGCUUCCUACAGGCAGACAUCACUGCAGGGGUCAUCAGCUACAGACACACAGGUGGGUGAACGCUAAAGUUCUAAUAGCUUUUCUUUGGAUCAAUUUACAGUAUUACUGCUGCACAUUUCAGGUACUUGUACUUUACCUGAGUAUUUUCAUUUUAUACUACUUUAUACUUCUAAUCCACAACAUUUUGUAGUCAAAAGUUGUUCUUUUUACUCCACUACAUUUAUUUUAGUUGCUUUAUUCGUACACAGAAAUCCUUUCAAAUCUGGUAUAGAUGAAACCAUUCAAAAUGAUAUUUAAUUCACUAAAAUCCUGAGUUGUUUGGCAGAAAAGCAAUUGGAAGUAAUUUUGCUUCUUGAAUGUGAAGAUUUGCUGCUUUUGCUUUAAAAUAAAAGUACU